UCUGAAGGGUUUCAGUGAGAACGAGCUGAACUGAGCUGAAACCAGAGGAACCAGGAGGAGGAAAAGCCUUUAAAUGGAGAAAACCAUCAGAGAAUAUUAAUAAUUAUAUUUAAAGAACUAUAUAUUUAAUCAGAGGAGCUGGACUUUAGGCUUUUUUUUAUUAUCACAGAUUCUCACAGAUUCUUAAACAAAAGGGAUUUUAACCAAGACUCUUUUUGUCUGCUGUUCUUUUUUGGGAUAUCUCAUUUUCAUUCAGCAGUAAAGAAGUGAAGAAGUUGUGAUCAUGAUGUUCAGCGCGCUCUUUUUACUGCUGAUGCUCUGCUGCUGGACUUCAGAAGGAAGCCGGAUGGCAGAGAACCGAGAUGACAACAGCGUGUACGAUCUUUUCGAGCUGGCACGUGUGAAUAAGAAGAACCACGGAGUGAGUUUGGUGAAGGGGCCGGAACCCUACAGUCCCGCGUACAAAAUCCUCAACCCUAACCUGAUCCCCUCCAUCCCAGAGCACUCCUUCAGGGACCUCGUCUACUCCAUUCAGGAAGAAAAGGGAUUCCUCUUCACAGUCAACUUGAAGCAGGCCAAGAAAACCCGAGGCAGCCUUCUGACUGUGGAGAAGAAGGAUGGCAGCGGGCCCAUUUUCGAGAUUAUCUCCAACGGAGAUGCCAACACUCUGGAUUUGGUUUUCACCACGGCUAACAAGCAGGACGUGGUGUCCAUCGAGGAUGCCCACUUGGCGAGCGGCAGCUGGAAGAACAUCACGCUGUUUGUGCAGGAGGAUCGUGCGCAGUUACACAUCGGCUGCGAAGAGAUUAACACCAGCGAGCUGGACGUGCCUAUUCACCAGAUUCUGACGCAGGAGGUCGUCGAUAUCGCUAACCUCAGGAUCGGGAAGGGAGCAGUGAAAGAUAGGUUUAUGGGUGUUCUCCAGAAUGUGCGCUUUGUAUUCAGAACCACAGUGGACGCGAUCCGACGCAACAUGGGAUGCGAGAGCUCCACCUACAUCACAGACGUCAUGACCCUGGACAACCCUGUGAACGGCUCCAGUCCGGCCAUCCGCACUGAUUACACUGGACACAAGACAAAAGAUCUCCAAGACAUCUGUGGCUUCUCCUGUGAGGACCUGGCCAGCAUGUUUAAGGAGCUCAAGGGGCUCGGUGUGGUGGUUAAGCAGCUGUCAAACGAGCUCCUCCAAGUGAGGACGGAUAACAACUUGAUAAAGAACAAGAUCAAAAUCCACAGCGGCGUGUGUCUGCACAACGGCGUCGUCUACAAAGACAAGGACGAGUGGACGGUGGACAGCUGCACCCACUGCACCUGCCAGAACUCUGCCACCAUUUGCCGGGAAAUCUCCUGCCCGCUCAUGCCGUGUGCCAACGCCACCGUGCCCGACGGUGAAUGCUGCCCACGCUGUGGAACACCGAGUGACUACGCUGAGGACGGAUGGUCCCCCUGGUCUGAGUGGACGCACUGCUCGGUAACCUGCGGUCGUGGCAUCCAGCAGCGCGGACGCUCCUGCGACCGCAUCAACAGCAACUGCGAGGGAACCUCUGUGCAAACCAGAGACUGCUACCUGCAGGAAUGCGACAAGCGCUUCAGGCAAGAUGGCGGCUGGAGCCACUGGUCUCCUUGGUCCUCGUGCUCAGUGACGUGCGGAGAGGGCGUCAUCACCCGCAUUCGCCUCUGCAACUCGCCUACGCCGCAAAUGGGAGGCAGGGACUGCCAGGGAGAGGGUCGUCAAACGGAGCCAUGCAAGAUGUCUCCAUGCCCUGUAAACGGAGGUUGGGGGCCGUGGUCACUGUGGGACACUUGCUCCGUAACUUGUGGAGGAGGACUGCAGACCAGACAUCGCCUCUGUAACAAUCCCAUGCCUAAACAUGGUGGAAAAGAGUGCGUGGGUGAUGCUAAAGGCACUCGCUUGUGCAACUCCGAGGACUGUCCCAUCGAUGGCUGUCUCUCCAGCCCUUGCUUUGCUGGAACCAAGUGCACCAGCUUUCCUGACGGCUCCUGGAAGUGUGGCGAGUGUCCUGUUGGGUAUACUGGAGAUGGCAUGCACUGUGAGGACAUUGACGAGUGCAAAGCUGUUCCUGAAGCUUGCUUCACUCUUAACGGAGUCCAUCGCUGUGAGAACACAGAGCCCGGCUAUAACUGCCUUCCGUGUCCCCCUCGCUACUCCGGAGUCCAGCCUUUUGGAAAAGGAAUUGAACAGGCGAUGGCCAACAAACAGGUCUGCGCACCAAAGAACCCUUGCGAGGAUGGCAGCCAUGACUGCAACAAAAACGCAAACUGUAUUUACCUGGGCGUUUUCUCCGACAUCAUGUUCCGCUGCGAGUGCAAACCUGGCUACGCAGGAAACGGACACAUCUGCGGUGAGGACUCGGACUUGGAUGGCUGGCCCAACACCAAUCUUCACUGCGUGGAGAAUGCCACCUACCACUGCAAGAAGGACAACUGCCCCAACCUUCCCAACUCCGGGCAAGAGGACUACGACAAAGACGGAACCGGAGACGCUUGUGAUAGCGAUGAUGACAACGAUGGGAUCCCUGAUGAUAGGGACAACUGCCCGUUCACCUUCAACCCAAGACAGUAUGAUCAGGACCGCGAUGAAGUCGGCGACCGCUGUGAUAACUGCCCGUACGACAGCAACCCCGACCAGAUCGACACCGACAACAACGGCGAAGGCGAUGCUUGUGCCAUUGACAUCGAUGGCGAUGGUAUUCUGAACGAGAAAGACAACUGCCCAUACGUGUACAACAUUGACCAGAGAGACACAGACUAUGAUGGCGUUGGAGACCACUGUGAUAACUGCCCGUUGGAGCACAAUCCUGAUCAGAUCGACUCAGAUUCAGAUAAUGUGGGCGACAAGUGCGACAGCAAUCAGGACAUCGACGAGGACGGCCAUCAGAACAAUCUGGACAACUGCCCGUACAUCCCCAACGCCAACCAGGCCGACCACGACAAGGACGGCAAGGGAGACGCCUGUGACCACGAUGACGACAACGACGGUGUUCCUGACGACAAAGACAACUGCAGACUGGCCCCCAACCCAGACCAGAUUGACUCUGAUGGUGAUGGGCGUGGCGAUGCCUGCAAAGACGACUUUGACCAAGACAAUGUGCCCGAUAUUGAAGACGUCUGUCCGGAGAACUUCGCCAUCAGUGAGACAGACUUCCGCAAGUUCCAGAUGGUUCCCCUGGACCCCACAGGAACUUCACAGAUUGACCCCAACUGGGUGGUCCGGCAUCAGGGCAAAGAGCUUCUGCAGACAGUCAACUGCGACCCUGGCAUUGCUGUUGGUUUUGAUGAGUUUAACGCCGUGGACUUCAGUGGAACCUUCUUCAUCAAUACCGACCGUGAUGACGAUUACGCCGGUUUCGUCUUCGGCUAUCAGUCCAGUUCCCGCUUCUACGUGGUGAUGUGGAAACAGAUCACCCAGACAUACUGGUCCCACACACCCACCAGAGCUCAGGGCUAUUCUGGACUGUCCAUCAAAGUGGUAAACUCCACCACAGGACCCGGAGAGCACCUCAGGAACGCGCUGUGGCACACUGGAGACACGGCAGGACAGGUUCGCACUUUGUGGCACGACCCCAAGAACAUCGGCUGGAAGGAUUACACUGCCUACAGAUGGCACCUGAUCCACAGACCUAAAACUGGACACAUCAGAGUCAUCAUGUACGAAGGCAAGAAGGUUAUGGCAGAUUCUGGAAGCGUAUACGACAAGACGUAUGCUGGUGGAAGACUUGGACUCUUUGUCUUCUCUCAAGAGAUGGUUUACUUCUCAGACCUCAAAUAUGAAUGCAGAGAUAUAUAACGGGAUCAUAGUUUGAGUUCCCCGAAGAAUGUGCCGUGAAUCAUCUUUUGACGUCGACCUAUUUAUAAGUUCAUUACAUAUUUUCUGGGACGAAGCCUUUUUGAGAUUUUUUUUUUUUAUUAUUUCCUAUGAUGGGACCAAUUGGAUGAGAUGGAGUCACGUGACCUGGACAGCGGGGACAGCCGAACCCUGCACCAGUGGCAGGUAGAGCACGGACAUGCGUGGAGUUCUGCCUGAAACGAGCGAGAAACAUUAAGACUUCUGAACUUCUCGACUGGUCAGGUUCAUCCUCCCGUCAUAGCGGACCAAAAAAAGAGAAAAGGAAGCGUUAUUGUCUGUAAUUGCAGCGCUGAAGCUCAGAUCUGCUGUGGACUAUAAUCUGGAAAGGAAGAAACCUCUCAUAAAAAAAUGAAGAAAAGCAACAGGAGCUCCACUUCUUUCUGCUGGGUCUGAGGUCCCACUGUGGAGGAACUGUGGGAGAACCGAGGGAGGAGGAUGCACAGGACGAUAUAUAUAAAUAUAAAUAUAAAUAUAUAUGUGUGUGUAUAAACAGAAAUGGACUGUCUUUCAUGUUGAGAGAAUGAAUGAGUGUUUUUGAGUGUGUGUGUGUGUGUGUGUGUGUGUGUAUGUUUAUGACCAACACCCCAGUUUUAUGGACUCUUAUGUUCAUAUUCUUUUUUAUUUUAUUUUAUUGUUUACAAUGAUUACAAUGAUUUAACCCAUCCAGUAACCCAUCCAAUCAGGUUUCAAGUUUCAAGUUUUAUAGUUGAUGACAGCAUGCCCAUUGAAAGGCUAUUACUUGCCUUUUUUCUGGAGAUAUACAGCUCAGAAAAAAAAAAAUCUAUUUAUAAGUAUAUGUUUAAGUAAAAUGAAAAAACAUUAUAUAUAUAUUUUUUUUUUAUUCUAUAAACUAAACAAAACAUUUAUCCCGAAUUCCACAUAAAAAUAUCGUCAUUUAGUUUUAAGUGUAGAUUAAGGUUAAGCUCAAAAAUCAAUAUUUGGUGGAAUAACCCUGAUUUUUAAUCACACUUGGAGUUAUGUUCUCCUCCACCAGUCUUACACACUGCUUUUGGAUAACUUUAUGCUGCUUUACUCCUGGUGCAAAAAUUUAAGCAGUUCAGUUUGGUUGUUUGAUGGCUUUUGAUCAUCCAUCUUCCUCCUGAGGUUUUUUAAUUUGGUAAAAUCAGAGAAAAUCAUCAUUUUUAAGUGUUUUAAAUUUUUUUUACAGAGCUGUAUAUUUUCUCCAAGCUGUUCUCAGGGUUAAAAUGACCUUCAUCAUCAUUAUCAACAUCAUCAUCAUCAUCAUCAUCAUUAUCAACAUCAUCAUCAGCCUUUUAGAACAGAAGCAGUUUAAAGUACCAGGAGAUAUUUACACAAAUAGCUUAAAAGAAGCUUAAAAUGGAAUAAAAUCCCCUUAAAAAAAGAAAGGGAAGAAAACAUGUGAAACAGGGAAACAGGGAAAACAUAGUACCCAAUUGUGAUUGAAUGAAUGAAUUAAUGAUUUUUUUUAACACCUUGAAUUAUCAAUUAUCCUCGUCUCAUCCUUUAUUCAUCUCAACGCAGCUUGAUCACUUGAUUAUUAGUUAUUAAUAAUUGAAUAAUUAAAGAACGAACUGGAGAUAAAUGGGCUAAAAUUGCCCAAAUUGUAUAGAAAGCCAGCAUUCAUUUUCUCCACAUAAAAAAAGAACAAAUCUAACAUAGUUUUAGUAGUUAGUAGUUUCUUUUAGCACAGGGUGCAGUUCAGUUUGCUCUAUGUUGUAAAAAGUAAAAAAAAAAAAUCCAAUGAAAACAAAAAUAUACAAAUAUUACCUCAUUGUUGUAAAUCGAAAUAAAAAAAUAAAUAAAUACCAAUAAAAUACAAAUACUUCUUAGCUGCAGAAUAUAAACCCAUCGGCUUCUUUUAUUUGUAUUUAGUUAGCAAAUGUAGUACGGUCAUAUAUUUUCAAAAAUGUAUAUAAUACAAAAUAUUUUUCGGAGCAUAAAAUACCCCCAACAGGGUAUAAAUGGACUAUUGUGUUUGUUGUUGUUGUUUUUUUUUUGUUUGUUUGUUUUUUUUAAGUUAUGUUUUUGUGCUUUAGUGAACGAAUGAUGCCUUUUUUUUAAAGAAUAAGUUAUUAUUAAAGUUGUUUUUAUCUUUUUGAAAAACAAAAAGUCAUUUCGUGUGUGUAGAUAUAUACUAUUUAAAUAAUUUAUCAGGAAGUGUGAACUGACAUUGGAAGUGUUUUUGUCUGUAUAAACUGUUUGCACACUGACUUGAGGAUGUUUGUAUUGUUGUUUAGUGUCUGUUGCUUCUUUUGUCCCCCCUCCUUUCCCCCCCCUUUGUACAAUUUGGGCUACUUUGUAUUUUAAUACUGCAAGUUUUACCCACAGAAAUGCUGUUUUUUUAUUCGUAUCAGUUAUUUUUUAAAAGGACAACCGAACAAUAAACAGUUGAAAACAGAGAAA